CUGCAGGAAGGUUUGGUACGGUGCAAUGUGAUUUGGGUGGAGACUGCUGCCCCCGUGUCCCGGUAACGGAUAAGCGGAUGAAAAUGGAUGAAUGGAUGGACUUUAUAGACAGAAUCAGAUGACGUUGUGCUUGUUCAUUUUUAUUCAGGUUGUCUGGAUAAGAAGCGAGUGUGUGACCCCUGGGCUCGACUGGGCUUCUGCGAGCGGAGGAAGACAUUCAUGAAGAAGAACUGUCCUCAGCGCUGUGAUCUCUGCUACGAACCUCUGGAUGAAGUGGCGACACCAACGCCACCUCCAGCUAACGUUAAAAUCAAGAUGGUCCCGCGAGGGAAGGUGGUAGGUUUCCGCUGUGGAACCAAAAGCCUAGGAUCCAUGCCCAAAGUCAGCUGGUACAAAGACGGUGAGCAGAUCCUGACCUCCAUACCUGGCUACAUCAUCAUGAAGGACCGUGACCUUCGCAUCGUCGCCAAUGAGUUCAACGAAGGUGUCUACACCUGUCGUAUCCACCGUCGUGGAGAGAUCGUGUCUGCGAACUCCUGGGCCAUCAGGGUAAAACCGGAGCAGCCGUUCAACAACUGAGGACAACAGUGACGGCAACCAUUACAACAGACUACAUCAACAACUGUCCAGGUGGAAUCAGAGCAGAGAGGUGAACUACAUCGUCAGAUUAAGGGAUAAUAGUGUACAGUUUAAGGUUCAAUCCCAUUCCAUUGCAGCUUCUGUGACUCUGAUGGUUUAGGACUGGACUGAAGGUCUGGUUUCCUACAGCACAGCUCAGAGGAAACGUAACCAGGUGGUGUAACGCUUAUAUGUUAAGUUGCCAAGGUAACGACAACAAAACACAUUUGCAGUCAGUGGACACAUGUACUGCCACAAGCUGGACAUAAGUAACGAGAUUUGGAGUUUUUAAAAAAAAAUUUUUAUACAAUGAUAGAUGUCACAUUUUGUGUCUUAUAGGCAUAGGAAUAUAUAUAUAUAUAUACAUAUAUAUAUGUGUGUAUAUAUAUAUAUACAUAUAUAUACUGUAUAUAUUCUUGUCUGUAUCAGGUUUUGCUCAUAUUAAAGAGGAUGUUACCAUUGUAUGUAAUAACAGUUCCAACAUGGAAUCAUUAUUCUCCAUAGAUGGGGGGGGGGCAGUGAUAGACUGGAGAAAUGUCCAGGUGAAACUCCGCCCUCGCCCGAUGACUGGGACAGAAGAGAAGAAAGAGAAAUUAAUUAUUCCUAAAGCUGAAUAGUUUGGGAGCUUUUGAUCUAAAUAAAACCGCACUUGUCGCAAUGAUCUAAUAUACCUGAACAGCACCAUCGUGUGGACAAACUGAAACACAUCUGGAAUAGAAACGUUAACUCCAAGAUCCACAUUAAAGAAAAAAAAAAUCGCUGAUUUGACAAAUUAGUUUGAUUAAUCUCCUCCAUAUAUAUGUAUGGAUCCAGCUGGUGAUCUAUGAUAAAAGAUGGAUGUCAGCAAGAGGAGAGACAAGUGGUUCCUGAAAUUCUAUUUGAAUAAUGGACGAGGAGAACACUGGAUUAUUCUGCACUUCCCUGAUCCACCAGACAAACACACACACACACAGUUCAUCGUCACAAUCAAAACUUUAUUGCGUGAACACGAUUAUUCAGGUGAGGCUGCACACGGUGCAGACACACACCUGUCAGCACCUCACAACCUUCUGAUUCAAAAGACCUUCAUCAACUUCAUCUUGUCCUCUGAGGAGGAGGACACACAUGAGCUCAGGUCUGGCCUUGUCCUC